AUGGUUGCAGCAGCAGCAGCUACUGCAGCUAAUCCACUGGCAUGCUCACUUUUUCCAAGCAAAGGUCUUAGAGGAACAGCCAGUGGGCUGCAAUGGACAAAGAGGCAAUGUACAAGAAAGACAGGUCCUUUGACAGUUACAGCUAAAUUUGAGCUGAAACCUCCUCCAUAUCCCAUGGAUGCUUUAGAGCCGCAUAUGAGCAAGGAAACAUUUGAGUAUCACUGGGGAAAGCAUCACAGGGCUUAUGUGAAUAACUUGAACAAGCAAAUUGAAGGAACAGGGCUAGAUGACAUGUCUUUAGAUGAUGUUGUGCUUGUUACAUACAACAAGGGAGAUCCUCUUCCUGCUUUCAACAAUGCUGCACAGGCCUGGAACCAUGAUUUCUUUUGGGAAUCCAUGAAACCGGGCGGUGGAGGAAAGCCACCAGGGGAACUUCUUCAAUUGAUAGAAAGAGAUUUUGGUUCUUUUGAUGAAUUUGUGCAAGAGUUCAAGUCAGCUGCAGCUACUCAGUUUGGUUCUGGAUGGGCUUGGCUUGUAUACAAAGCAAAUAGGCUUGAUGUUGGAAAUGCUGAAAACCCUUGUCCAUCAGAGGAGGAUAAAAAGCUUGUAGUGGUCAAGAGUCCCAAUGCAGUAAACCCCCUUAUUUGGGAUUAUUAUCCACUCCUUACAAUUGAUGUUUGGGAGCACGCAUACUACCUGGACUUUCAGAAUAGACGGCCUGAUUACAUAUCAACUUUUAUGGAGAAGCUUGUGUCGUGGGAUGCAGUUAGUGCUAGACUUGAAGUUGCAAAGGCUCGAGCUGCCGAGAGAGAAAUAGAAGAAGCAAGAAAGAAAAAAGAGGAAGAGGAGAAGAACUUUACGGACAAAAACCCUCCAGAGAUUUUCAUAGAUGGGGUAGCUGAUGAUUCUGAGAGUGAUUGA